AUGGCGGCUUGCAAAUGUCCAAGGGUUGACCAGAAAAACCAGUGCCUGACAGCAUGUCUACGACAACAUUCAGUCAACUUUGCCACGGAUCCUGACUUCCUGAUCCUCUUCACGUCUGCCUUCCCGGCGCUCACCCCGGGCAAAUUAAGGCUUUACAACAUGAGGUUCUGCCCCUAUUCUGAGACAGCGAGACUAGCUUUAGCUCAUAAGAACAUAGAGCACGAGACAGUGAAUAUUGACUUGAAGCAGAAGCCAUCUUGGUUUCUGGACAGGAACCCCACCGGCAAUGUUCCCAACUUAGAACAAGACGACAAGGUGAUCUAUGAGUCUCUGGUCUGCGCUGACUACCUGGAUGAAGUGUACCCCAACAACAAACUGACGCCCUCGGAACCUUACAGGAGAGCACUGGACAGGAUCAUUGUUGAACUGUUUUCAAAGACAGAGGCCCAUUUUUACAAGAUAUCUUUUGCCCCAAAGGACGCAAUUAAGGGGUUUUAUGAUGCUCUUGAUCCAGUGGAGAAGGCCCUUGCAGAGAGAGGGACCCCGUUCUUUGGUGGCAGUUCUGUUCAGAUGGUUGACCUAAUGAUCUGGCCUCACGUUGAAAGGUUUGACGCUGUGACCCAGUUAGUGAAGGAAGCGAGGGUGACAGCUGAUCGGUACCCCAAGCUUACCAAGUGGAUUGAAAACAUGGGCAAGGUACCAGCUGUACAGCAAUGUCGUUGGGACACACCGGCACACAUUCAUUUCAUAGAAACAACCAAAGCUGGAAAGCCGGACUAUGACUUCGGACUUUGAAUCUGCAUCUGCACCUCACAGAACUGUGCAGAUGAAGUAAAUUCACAAAUAAAGCAAUAUUCACGGCGGGGGACACCAGAAAUGGGUUUCGCACAUUGUACCCAUGUCGGGAAUCGAACCCUGGUCUUCGGCGUGACGAGCGAAGGCUUUGACCACUAGGCUACCCGACCGCCCCGAAUAAAGGUAUGACCUACGUACAUUGUAAAAUAAGAAAAGAGCCAAACUUUGUAAUGAAAGUUAUCGGAUGUGAGAUUUAGACUUUGUUUAUUUCAAAACGCCGGACGUAUAAUUUGUUUGUUUGUUGUUUAAGAUCGCACGCAGAAAUAUUCCAGCUAUGUGACGGAGGACAGUAAAUAUUCGAGUCUGGACCAGACAAUCCAGAGAU